ACUAUACCUAUUUGUAUCCGGAUAAAAAUCAAGUGUAGCGAAGGAUACAAAGAUGGCUGCCGGAUAGAGGAAUGGUGUCCUCUGUCAAAUAUUUAACGUGACAGCCAAAUUGCUAGGUUUUAAGAUAUGUGGAGAUGGUUAAACAGCCUGCCGAGGGUUGUUCGUCAGCAAUGCACUGGUCCUGGCGCCUCGGCAGGCAUACAUGUGGAAGAAAUAAAUGACAGCAAAGAUUUUAAGAAAACCAAACAACAGUCUUGUGAAUGGAAGAGUCAUUGUAGGAAAAAAGAAGAUAAAGAUUAUGAUAGAAAGAAGGAUCAUAAAUAUGACAUUCCAGACUUCUGGAGUUUGGUCCUUGGUUCACCUUCACAUAUAGAUGCCAUAGGACUAGGUGGUGCAUUGGCUCUAGGAAUACAGUUUGGACAUUUCAAAUUCCUUCACAGAAUAAGUAAGGAUCGAGAAGAAACUAGGAGACACUGUCUGUUAUCAACAAUAGUUUUACAUGCUCUCCCUGUCACAACAGACACUAAAUUAUCAAUAACAUCGGGAAAUGUUGCAAACAAACAAGAUUCUUCACACAGUCAACAAUCCUCUGAUGACACUUGGUUACACAAAGCUACACUCCAGGACAAGUCACAGAACACCAAGGAUGUUGCUAAUGAAACCCCUGAGGUAGAAACUCUUGAACAGGCCUUCAAAAACUUUGAAGAUGUGUGUAAAAAGUACACUGCUACAGGAAAGGGCAUUCUUGGCUCACAGGAAGCUCAACAAGGGCAUUUGAAAUCUGCUGCUGCAUUAUGGGAGGAAGCUGCCAACUUAGGGAAUACAAAAUCACGUUUCAACCUAGCUGUGUGUUACGAGACAGGGAGAGGAGUAAAGAAAAACCUUAAAGAGUCUGUAAGAUGGUAUAAGCUUGCAGCAGAGGACUUUCACCCACAAGCCAUGUAUAAUCUUGGUCAAAUGUAUUUACAAGGGUCAUUACACACACCUAGAGAUCCACACAGAGGUCUGCAACUUAUCUCUGCGGCUGCUGACCUUGGGUUGGCUGAGGCACAGUGUUAUUUAGGUGUAUACUAUACAGAGGACCAAACCGAGAAUGAAUCAAAAGCUGUCCAUUAUCUCACACUAGCUUCCAAUCAACAGAAUGCUGAAGCACAAUAUUUUCUUGGUUUGUGUUAUCAACAUGGGUACGGUGUGGAUGAGAAUUUGUGUAAAGCCUCGGACUUGUAUAGUAAGUCAGCUGGAAGAGGUAAUCCUGAUGCAAUGUUUAGUCUUGCAAUAUUUCAUCAGGAAGGUCUUGGAGGGUUACCACAAGACAAGAAAUAUGCACAAAGGUUGUUGAGGCAAGCUGCAGAUUGUGGUUGCCAAGAUGCUAUACAUGAAAUCCAAAUGUCCAAGAAACCCACACAAAAUCAAUCAACUGUGAUACAGCAAGAUGCAACUUCUGGAAGAACACCUGUAAGUGAACCAUCCAAGAAUAUGAAAUACCAGUUUAAGUUAAACAGUAGUGUAUCAACGCCUUGUCUGACUGACCUACUUAGAGAAAACAUGAUUCCUUUCAAUAAAGACUUAUUCUGUGAUCCGGUAUCUAAUACUGGCACUCUCUCACAGCUAUACACUCAGCUCAUGGUGCCUCGUGGCUUCACAAUCACAACAUCAGAGACAAAAAAUAAAAAGUCACGAAGUCCCAGUCCCAUUGAUGCUGAUUCGGACUCUGGGGUGGUGUUUAAACUUGGGUUGUACUCACAGGAACACUCACACUCAGACAGCCAAGGUACUGAAGAUGUAUUAGGCACAUCCUGCUCUCUUCUUCACAGGAGGACCUCUACAAUGCCUGAUCUUAACAUUAUACCAUGUAUAUGAUUCAUACAUACUUGUGAAAUGUUGUGAAACUGUUAUACCACGAUCAUUACCAAAUUUUGUGAAAAUUUAUACAUAAGUGUACUUGUUAGUACAUAAUUGAUCUGAUUUUGAUACUCAUUUAAAGUCAAAACUGUCAUAACUAAUUAUGUAGCAUGUUUUCUUUGCUCAUGGGUCUGUUUAGUUCAAAACUAUAUUAAGUGUAUAAAAAUAGUAUCAUAGGUACACUAGCUUUGCAUUGAGCAAGUUAAUGAAUUAACAUUUACCAUAUUUAGUAGCAGUCUGAUAUUACUACACACAAGUGUUGACUCAACACCUUCAAUAAUAGAAGCAUAGGCAAGUCAAAUUUUAUUUGUUUCUUGCCUAUUUUUCUACAAAUCUUUGUUUAAAAGCAAUCAUGUCAUACAAGAAGACAUAAUAGAAUUUUUCUAUUUUUAGCUU